AUGGCGAAGAUGGACGAGUCGGUGGGGCGUGUGGUGACAGCCCUCCACGAGCGCGACAUGCUCAACAACUCCAUCAUAAUGUUCAUCGCCGACAACGGGGCGGGCAGCGACGUCAACUGGGCCUCCAACAUCCCGUUCAGAGGCUGCACGGCGUGGCUGCAGAACACGUCCAGGGUGGACCACGAGCUGAUGCACAUAUCGGACUGGCUUCCCACGCUGUACGCCGCAGCAGGAGGUAAUGCGUCAGACCUGCCGGACGACCUGGACGGCGUAAACAUGUGGCCGCGGCUGGUCUCUGGAGAGCCCAGCCAGCGCACGGAGAUACUCCUCAACUACGACGAGGUGGCCGAGAACGGCGCCGUCCGCGUCGGCGACUGGAAGCUCGUCAAAGGUGUGCAGAACAACGACUACUACGCCGGGGCGAGCGGCGCUGAGGACCCACUGUUCACGCCGGCCUACAACCCGGAGGAGGUGCUGGCCAGUCCAGUGGGGCAGGCGCUCUCCAGCGUGGUCGGGGCGUCCCCGGAGGCGGAGGACGUGCUGCGGCUGCGCGCUGAGGCGACCGUGUCCUGCCCGGAGCGGCCCGCGCACGGGCUGUGCAACAUCACGAGCAGCAGCGGCUGGUGCGUCUUCAACAUCAGGCAGGACCCGUGCGAGGCGGGCGACGGCCAGCCGGCCGACAUGCCGGAGGGCCUGGUGGACACUCUGCUGGAGCGGCUGGAGACGCUGUCGCAGCCGCUGAUGCCGCAGCCGGGGGCCAACGUUACGCAGACCGACCUGGCCGACCCCAAGCGCUGGAACAACACCUGGGUGCCCUGGGUCGACUGCAUCGCCGACAACGCAGACCCCAUGUGCAACGUCGUUACGUAG